GCAGCAGCGGGAGCAGGAGGGGCGGCAGCAGCAUGGGCUGGUGGGGCCGUGCCGCGUCCGAGCCGCCGCCGCCGCCGCGCCUCGGCGCCCCGCUCCUCCCGCCUUGCUAGAGCCGCCGCUAUGGGCUCCCACCUGCCGCCGCAGCAACGCCCAGAGUCCCAGCUGGUGCUGCAGCUGGCGGCCGGCGCUCUGCAGGCGCAGAACUUGGAGCUGUCGGGCGGCGGCCUGGGGCCCGAGUGGCAGGUGCUGCUCCGGCGGGCCGACGCGCUUGCCUAUGGCGGGCGGCUGCAUGAAGCCUUGCCGCUCUACCAGCUGGCGUCCCGUCACCAGCAGUUGCGGGCGGAGCAGCUGGAGAAGCUGGUGGAGUGCCUGGCGCAGAGCGUCCGGAUCAAAGAGGGGCUGCCCGCCGCCGGGAGCGGCCCCCCGCAGCUCCGCGAGUGGGACGUCUUCAGGUGCCGCAAGUGCCAGGGCUUCCUCUUCGAGCCCGUUUCUUUGCCUUGCGGACACACGUUCUGCAAAAAGUGCCUGGAGAAGGACCGGGCGGCCAAGUCCCGUUGCGUCCUGUGCAGGGAGGAGGGCAGCGCGACGGCUGGGCAGCUCCUGCGGGUCAAUGUCAUCCUCAGCAACCUACUGGCCAAGUGGUUCCCUUGCCAAGUGAAGGCUUCGCAGCUCCGGCACGAAGGGAAUCUCUUGUACAAAGAGAAGAAACUACAAGCCGCCUUGCAGAAGUACAACGAAGCGGUCAGUCUAGCUCCAAAUGACCACUUGCUCUACAGCAACCGGUCCCAGAUUAACUCUACUCUCAAAGCUUGUGAAGAUGCAUUGCAUGAUGCAGAAACAGCAUGCAGACUGCAACCAUACUGGUUGAAAGGUCACCUAAGGAAAGGGCAAGCAUUAGCUAAUCUGGGAAAAACAGAAGAAGCUUUAAGAGAGUUUCUAUUCUGCCUUGCUCUAGAUACUGGGAACAAGACAGCCAAGUGUGAGGCGCAAAAGCUUCUACUUAGUUUGUUUUCACUCAUCCCGGGAAAUGCUCAGGAACACUUACCCGAUAUCCUGCAGCUGUUGUCACAUCACUCUAGAUUAAAGGGGAAUCUUCUAAAUUCAGUGGGAUCUGGAGGCUCCAGCCAUAACCUACAAAGGUUGCUCAAGGUAAAUGUGGAGCAGAAAAAGGGUUUUCCUGUUCAAGAGGAAUCAAAUGUAACUACUUUGGAUAGUUUGAGGAAAUCUGUACAAAUUGCAGAUUGCAGAAAGGACUGCUCGGAGGAGGAGAACAAACUCCCCUCCAUGCCAGAGUCUACCUUUCUCAUUGCUGAGAAGUGCAGCCUCCUGAAAAGGAAGUGCUGCCCAGAGGAGCUGCGGAAUGCUGAGGUACCCUGCAAACUGAUGAAGAAAGAUGCAGUUGAUACUAAGGGAAACAGUACUGGACAACAAACUCCAUUUCAGUUUGUGGAUCCAUCAGAUCUGGACUGCUCCCUAUGUAUGAGGCUCUUCUAUGAACCCGUCACUACACCUUGUGGGCACACCUUCUGCCUCAAGUGUCUUGAGAGAUGCCUGGAUCACAAUCCAAAAUGUCCCCUGUGCAAGGAAGGACUCUCAGAGUGCUUGGCUAUGAGGAAAUACUGCAAAACAGUACUUAUGGAGGAGUUAAUAGCUAGAUAUCUUCCAGAGGAACUCACUGAGAGAAGAAAGAUUUAUGAAGAGGAAAUAGCAGAGCUUUCCAACCUAAAUAAGAAUGUUCCUAUAUUUGUCUGCACAAUGGCUUAUCCUACAGUCCCGUGCCCCCUGCACAUCUUUGAGCCAUGUUAUCGCCUGAUGAUUCGAAGGUGCAUGGAGACUGGCACCAAACAAUUUGGGAUGUGCAUCAGUGACCCUCUAAAGGGGUUUGCAGAUUAUGGCUGCAUUCUGGAGAUAAGAAACGUCGAAUUCUUUGCUGAUGGUCGUUCUGUUGUGGACAGCAUCGGCAAGAGGAGAUUUAAGGUGAUACAGCACAGCCAGCGUGAUGGCUACAACACAGCAGAUAUCGAGUACAUUGAGGAUCAAAAGGUGCAAGGACAGGAGUAUGCUGCGUUACUUGUUCUCCAUGAUUCUGUCUAUGAUCAGGCAUAUAUGUGGUUUAACUCACUCAAGCAAGCACUCAAAAGUCGAAUUCUCAGUCAUUUUGGUCCAAUGCCAGCUAAGGAUCCCGACCCACAGGCAAACCCUAAUGGUCCAGCCUGGUGCUGGUGGGUCCUGGCUGUCCUUCCACUUGAGAACAGAGCUCAGCUCCCUUUCCUUGCUAUGAAAUCCCUCAAAGACCGCUUGAAUGGCAUUAGACGUGUCCUUACAUUCAUGUCUCGUACAAGAUCACGGUGAUGGUGAGAAGGAGAGCUGUGAAGUCUCCCACAGUAUUUGACUGUAGACUGUCUCUUGUAACUUCAUCUAACUGCAAUAAUGUCUUACAGAUUUGAGUGUCAGGAUGUUUCAAGCCUGAAUUUCAAAGAAAAUGAGUUAUAAAGAGCAAGGGAUGUUUAUGGAUACUUCAGUAGUUUCCAUCUGGAACUCUGAGAUGAUUAUUCAAUCACUGCACUACUAAAUUAAUAACAAAUGUGAUAGAACAAAAAGUGAUCUUGUUUGCCAUAAACCUUUUAAAGCUUAAGGGUUUUUUUAAUUUAAUUUUUUUUUUAGUGGAUAAAGGAUAAACUGCAGUUUAAUGUGGAGCAGAAAUAAUAAUGUUCAUGCAUUAUUUCAGUGAACUGCAAAGUCUUUUAUUCCAAAUGGUUCAGGUUUUCUAUAGCAUUGUGUAAAAUAAUGUUCACAACUUCUGUUUGAUAAUUUAUUUUUGCACUAUGAUUUUUUUUUUGGUUUCAAAAUGUGUGUUAUUUAUGUGUUCAUUCUCUAAAGAAAAGUGAGAUGCUCUAUUUAUUUAUAGUGUUUUUACCCUAUAUUUAUGACUGGGGACAAAAUGAUGAUUCUAGCAGUGUACGACCAACUGCUUGGAUAAUUUUUCAGACAUCUGUGUUCAAACAAUUUGAAUGUUUUUCUACUUAUCCCCAGUUCUACUGUAGCCUAAGAAGGACUCUUUUUUUCCCCCCUGUGAAACAGCCUGCCACGAACUCUUUGAAUACACAGAUUGUCAGCUGUUGGAGCUUGAUCCUAUGCUUGCAACUAGAUUCCUGAUAUCCCAAAACAGUUGAGCACAUGCUUUAUCUUGGGCAUGAGUGGGAAUUGGCCAUAGUGGCGACUGAAGGAUCUAUCACCUAAUUUCUCACAGAACAAAGAAUAACUUGGGGUUUAAUUAAUAUCUGAAUUCCUCCUUGCAAGAAUGGAUAAUUGCAAUAAACAACUGCAGAGAACGAGCUACAAUAUAUGAGAAGUGGCUUCUCCUAAAAAAAGACUGGAAGUACUGGUACCCUUUCAUUGCAGGUUACUAUUUAGGUUUGAUUUUUUUUUUUUCCAUCAACUCUGGUUGCUGUUACGAUCAGUUUCAUUUCUCUUAACGUUUAGUGGGAUUUGGCUUUGGAGUGUGUAUAUGGCAGGGGAGGGCGGGAAGCUAUUUUCAACUACAAGACUUAAAGGGCAGUUUGUGUCACAUGAAGGAAUAUGUUGUAAUAAAUGCUAUUUCUUUCACCCCACUCUUCAGGUUUCUCUUAGCUUCAAAUCUCUGCCCAGCCACUGCAUUCCUCUUAAGAGAUUGGCUAGUGUUGCUAAUAAUAGUCAACUCCCAAGGAAAGCAAGUGAAUUUUAGUGUGUUUGCUUCUAGUUAGAAAGCUGGUCAAAAUAGGGCAGAAAUGAGAAUAAGGAAGUAUCUUGGGUUUGGUAUUUUUGUUGCUUAAAUCGACAGCUCCUGUACUUUUUAGCUGCUUCUAUUGUUUUACUUUGUGGGGCUUGCCUCCAUCUGACUUGGGCUUUCACUGAUUUCAACGUGAGCACAACUGGGCCUUUUAUUCUAAGCUACCAUUUUCCUUUUUCAGUGGCAAAAAAAAAAAAUAGAUUGAACUAAGAAUGUUAUGGAAUGCUACGAAUCUGUUGUUUUUCCCAGGACAGCACUCUUUGUCAUUCCAUGCCUUUAUGAAAACAUGCCAUAGAGUUUGAUGUCAAUUUUCACAUUUCUCCAUCAUCAUUUCAUCAGAAAUUCUUACUAGCUGAAAUUAAUUUCCAUUCUGUUGAGUUUCCAUAAAACAACCUUUGUUUCCCCUCUAGUUAAAUUCUAUAGAGCUUUUCCAUAAGGGUUCCAAAGAAAUGAGUGGCAGAGAAACAUGUUUCAGCAUUAAGAUGCAAAUGGAAAACGUUUCCAGUGUUUGCAUUGAGCUACUCUAGGAGCACUACAGCUUGUUUCCCUACUGCACUUCUUCCAUAGGUGGUGCUUCAUAUUCUUCUCUGUAAACAACGUAUAGAAAUACAUCUUCUGAACAACAACUGUACGGUGGCUGACACCUGCUAUGGCAUUUGUCUUCAUCAAUGAGUAAUGAAGCGAUUCCUACUUGUUUGGAAGUGGAACUGCAUGAAAUGCAAUUCUUCCUUAAACCAUGAUGUAUUAUGGUAUAACAUAAGGGACCCAUAUUGCUCCUAAAGAAACAAAUAUAUCAUUUUGUUACUCUUAUCUGUGAGAAAAGGACCUUAAAUAUCUCUUUGAAACUUGUUUUCUCACUGUCAUUGUUCUUUUAACCUGCAUGUGAUCUCUUCUACAUAUGCAUUCUGCCCAUUUUGUUGAUUUCAAAAUUGGCAUGGAAAAGAUCCCUGGUUUAAAAAAAAAACUAAAUAUUGUCUUUUCUGUUAGCCUUGAGUAAAGCUGCCAGAGUCCCCUAAGUGUAAAUCUCUGUACAUGCCCAGUGUUGUGACUACCCAGUGCAUUUCUUACACCUUGGAAACACUGGGCCUACUGCGUGUAAUGCAGGCAGUUGAUCUAAUUGUGCAUAACUAACUGACAUGUACAGUAGCAUUCUGUCUGGCACUGCUUUAUGCCAUACCUGUUUGAUUUAACAACUGAAGUCUGCAAAUUGUAUCAGAAGAAAAAAUGUAUUGAGAAAGAGAUUUGCUAAGGAAUGCAAACCUGUCCAGGAAAAACUGGACAAAGGGGAGCUUUAGACUUCAGUGAGUUGACACUAAAGUUUCAUUUGUGAGGUUUAAAAAGCAAAGCCAUCUAGUUAUGUCAUGAUACUGAGGAUUUCCUUUGUCAGUUGUAGUAAUCAGUACAGAGAUGUCAAUGCAACUUUUGUUACAGGUAUUAAUAAAGGGAUAAAUGAACACACCCUAACUUCAUAGUCAACACUGAUCUGGUAAAAUAGGAGUUGAAGGAGUAUUUUUAAGAUUCUCAUUCUUCUAGACAUCAGAUUCAGCCUCAUAACCACUCUUGCUCAUAUGUUAAAAAAAAGGUCAUGACUCAAACUUGCAUUUCCUGUGUGGCUUGAAGUACUGAUUUAUCUAUGUUGUGAGGGCAGAAGUAAUGCAUGGGCUUCUGGCUGGUUCUCCAAAGAAAGUUCACUCUAGAUCACUCAGGAUUACUAAAAACAAUUCUUUCUAAUUUCACUUUAAAAUGUAAAGGGGGGAAGAAAAUACUAAGAGCAAGUCUUCUGUAAUGAAGGAAGAAAAGGGAACCAAGAACAUCUCAAAUGAUAACUAAUGCCAGUCUCCUGGGCAAUAUCACCCAAACAUCUACCAGAGACUUCUUGAAAGCUUCAGACUUGCAUUUUUUAAGAUAAGAUUUUGUUCAUUUGAAAUCUCUUCACUGCAAGUGAAGUAUUUAACAAAACACAUUAUACAUUAAAUAACAAAGACUGGCUGCAUCACCUUUCCAAAUUCCCAUUCAUGUAACAUCACAUGGUUUCUAAUUAAAACCAGCACUUUUCCUAUAUAUAGACUUCUGACACUCAAAAUAACUUUGUCUUAAAUGUUCCUCUGUCUAGCACUAAUGGGGAUAUGUUUCCAUGAAAAUAGCUCUUGGCUAGUGUGACUUGGUUGAAAGUAAACCUGAGACAAGACUGGAUUAGCCAGAAAAAAAAUGAUGGAACACAACAGUGAACUUGUAUAGUUGUGGGAGGGAGUGCAAUAGUUUUAAUAAUGAUAAAAUUAUAUGAUAGGCUUACCAUGGUAAGUCUAACUGCCAUUCUGGUGGUAAGUUAUGGAAGUUGUUUUUCUUAAGUGCUGAUAUCUUCCAUUACCUUGUAGCAAUAGGAAGUGCAAGCUGUUGUACUGGAUGGCUGACCUAUUGCUUGGUUUACUUCUGUCCUGUAGGACUGCUUACCAACAGAAACUUGAACCAUGGGUUUCUCAAUCCAAAUAUUGUUUUAAUCUUAAAAGGAGGUUUGGAUGUUGCAAGUCUGGUUUAGGUUGUGCUGUAGAGACAGAGCUUUAUGGAAGCAAAUUUUGGUUUAGAUGGUCUUUUCAUAGGCUCACAGAAUCCCAGCUUGGAAGAGACACCAAGGAUCAUCUGGUCCAAGCUUUCUUGGGAAAAGCAUGGUCUAGACAAGAUGGCCCAGCACCCUUUCCAGCUGAAUUUCAAAAGUGUUCAAUGUUGGAGUCCACCACUUCCCUUGGGAGAUUGUUCUCAGUGUGAAAAUUUCUUUCCUUCUAAUGAUUUCUACUUGGUGCUGAAAGUUUUCCUGGUGUUUAAAUUAAUGAUUGUUUCACUUAAAUGCACUGUUUGGGAAUGGAGAACAUGUUCACAAAUUCUUAUUUAAAAAACAUAAAUUAACUACAUUUUUUCCCCAAUGAAUCUAUACACACUUAGGGUAGUGACCCCCAUUCCUCCAGGUGAAUUCAACAGCAGCUUCUUUCUCAUGUAAUUUGUCAGCUUCACAACCUAACUUGUAACUGGUGCAGUGCACAGUUUAGGAUCUGAGGUUUAUUCCAAAGCCCAGAAAAUCACUGGAAGUCUUACAGCUACAGAAUAAUGGUAGUUUCAGCUUAGUCAUUGUUUGGAAACAUUCUGCUAAAUAAAUAUUGUCUGGGUACAAGAAACUAAUCUGCUUAGACAGGAUUAAAAUGGUGAAUAAUAAAAACCUCAACUAUUACAUUGACUUUUAUUCAUCCAGGUAUCAUGUGAAGUGCUUACUAAUGUUGGAGUUUCAUAAGGUCUAAAGUAACCGUCACAUAGAAGUGCCUGUAUUCUGUUAUUGCCAUUCUUGAGCUUUUUAAUGGUCAUAGCCAUAUAUUUUAUAAAUACAAACAUAUGCACCUUUGAAUUGUUGCAUUUGAUUUGCAGAAUAAAGGUUUACAGAGCAGAAGUGUAGCAAAACCAAUGUAAUAGUUUCUACAAUUCCCUGGUGAGGAACGGGAGAAGUACAAAAACGAGGAACAAAAGACUAUCUGUGUAAGAUGUCUUAAUUUGGUACUAUAUACUUGUCCCAUUUAAUUUCAUCAAGCUAUGUGGUUGCAAGAGGGCCAGAACUCUAUCAAGCCAUUUUAAAUAAAAAGUUUUGUGGACUUGUAUAUUCCAUUUCUUUGUAAAACAUCCUUUUGUGCACUGUAAUGAACUUGAAAUGAAAUUGAAGUUGUGCUCUCAUAUCACUGGACAGACUUCUGUUCAGCUACCUCUACAAAAGGUUGAAGUAACUUGUUUUGGUUAUUAUUUUUUUUCCAGAUUUGUUCACAUUGUCAUAAAAAAAUAUAUUUUAUAAAAAGUCCUAGUCCAAAGAACUUGUAUGUGUUUGUAGAUGUACUUAUAACUACGUUCUACCACCAGUCUCUGUGGAGAGUUGUUUGCUAAUUAAAAUUUUUGUGUUCUUUA